AGAGGUCAAAACAUAACUCAAAAAUAAUAUUAUCACUGUGCUUUAGUUUUUGUGAAAUCUACAACUCUUAGCUAAUUUGUGGCAAAGAAUAAGUGAAAUUAUCAAUGCUUUCGCUGAUUGGGGAUAAUUGAGAAAUACAAUUUUCUGCAAUAUCUUUGAACAAUAAGAUGGUAAAUAUAAAAUGCGCUAAAAUCAAUCCUAUACACUAAAUAUUCCUUCCAUGGAAAAGAUAAGGAUGUUAUCAACAACGGAACUAUGGCAAGUGUACAAAAUAUUGCGAAGCAAGCCUUAAGGAAAUCAAUUCAAGAUAAACUUGGAUCACUUUCUCUUGAAAAUGUGCAGGAGCAAUCGAACAAUGUGGCUCAGAAACUGCUUUCAAUGGAAGCGUACAAAAACUCUAAGGUAGUAAGCGUUUACUUAAGCACAGCAGGAGAACUUAGCACCAUAGAAAUACUAAAAAGGAUGUUCAUGGAUAACAAGGAGGUUUUUGUGCCAACGUAUAAGGGUGAGAUCAUGGAAAUGGUUCAGCUGAAUGGAAUGGAUGAUUAUGAAAGACUUCCGGUAACGAAAUGGAAUAUAAAACAGCCUAAGAUUUCGGAUAAACGAAUCAAUGCUCUCUCUAAAGGUGGCAUCGAUUUAAUUCUGUUGCCCGGUGUAGCAUUCACAAUUGAGGGCGAUAGAUGUGGCCAUGGAAGAGGAUACUAUGACAAAUACCUCAAAAGGUAUUUUGAGCUAUUUCCUGAAAAAUAUGCAGAAAAUAUGCCGCUGGAGGAUAAAGCGAAAAAUGGGAAAACCAUCUUAAUCGGGUUAGCUUUGAAAGAACAGAUUGUAAAAAAGGAUGAGCUACCGUUAGAUGAACAUGAUUUCCCUUUAGACGUUGUUUUAUUCGAUGAAAAUUAGUGUAUCUGCCGAAUAAAAUGAAUUUUAAAUUA